AUGAACGCCUCGGCCAACAACACUUCUGCAAAAAGAGCGCUCAGCACCGUGCCACCAUGUCAGGGUCAUCGAGUUGUAUUGUACGGCGUACGCAUCUGUGGUAUGCGCGCGACAGCCAACCUCGUGGUGGGAGUAUUGCAAAAGCCUACUGCGGUCCCGCAAGCACAGCGACCAGCCGAGAAAGCCUUACCUAAACCCCACGUCGCUGUACGUAACUCUCUGGCCCCGCAUCCAAUCCAGCCUCCAGGCCGCCACCGUAGUACCUACGAUAGUCCCGCGCCGCGACGAAACAACCGCAAUCGCGCUCCUACUACGUACUACGUAGGACUCGCUUCCACGACGCCGAUUCGGUCCCGCUUUACCUACCCCCUUCUGGUUGCUUUGCUUUCCUCAGCCGCUCUCUCAUCCCCUUUUCCUUCUCUUUCUUCACCGCAGUCAACUGCCAGCCAACCUGCCUGCCCCUUCCCCUCCAGCCACGCCAACGGCCCAACACGCCCCGCCGCCACCAACAGCAACAGCCCCAACCCCGUCCUAGCCACCACCCGCACGUCCAGCGCCGAUCCCCGCUCCCCUCACGCCAGAAAGGAGGUGAAGCGCACACUGCGCUUCGCACCGCACUGCAGUGGCCAGAGCGGGCGAGCGAGCGCGCUGCGCGCCCUCCGGAUUCGCAAGCCGAUCUCCAAUACAAGCUCCUGA